AUGAGUACAACUCAGCGUAAUGAGAGCAUGAACGCUUUCUUCGACGGCUAUUUGCAUGCUAAGACAAACCUAAAAGAGUUUGUUGAUCAGUUCGGCAGUGCAUUGAAGAAAAAAAUUGAGAAUGAAAACCAAGCUGACUUCCAUUCAUUUAACUUUAUCAUUCUUUGCAUAUCACACUUGACACUUGAGAAGAAGUUUCAAGAGGUGUACACGAAUGCCAAAUUCAGGGAGGUUCAACAAGAAAUAAUGGGAAUGAUUUAUUGUCAUUUCCAUUUUCAGAAACAGGAUGGAGUAAUCACAACUUACCAUGUCGAUAAUGAAAUUAAAAUUGAAGAUUUCAUCAAAGAGGUUGUUUAUACUGUUUACUUUAAUGAGGCCGAGUUGGAGGCAAAGUGUGUAUGCGGGUUGUUUGAGAUGCGGGGGAUACUAUGUAGACAUAUCCUCGUCAUAUUUUCAGCUAGAAAAGUCUGUGGGUUACUUGAAAAGUACAUAUUGGACCGGUGGAGAAAAGAAAUAAAAUGUAGGUAUACUAUUAUUCCGAGCAUUUAUGACGAGAAGGAUCAGAGGCCUGAAACAUUUAGAUAUAAACGUCUAUUGAAAAUUUGUUAUGAAAUAAUAGCAAAUGCAGCGUCAUACGAUGGGUAUACUGAGGAUAUGGUCUCGAAAUUGUAUACGAUGAAUGAGGUAUAUCACACCUAG